CCGCCGCCGCCGCCAGGGUUCGGGUCCGUGUCGGGCUUGGCGGGCUCGGGGAGCGGGACAGCCUGGGGCGCAGAGGCCGCAGCAGGAGCGCACUGAGCGCCCCCGGCCAUGUCUAGGAAGAAGACCCCCAAGAGCAAAGGGGGCAGCGCGCCCGCUGCCUCCGCGCUGCCCGCUGCCAACGGGCCCCGGCCGGCGCGUCCCGGGACUGCGCGCCCCAGCCCCGACGCGCAGCCCAACGGGCCCCAGCAACCCAGCCGGCACUCGCUUGGCGGCGGCGGCGACUUCUACGACAUUGCCUUCAAGGUCAUGCUGGUGGGGGACUCAGGCGUGGGGAAGACCUGCCUGCUUAUGCGCUUCAAGGAUGGCGCAUUCCUGGCAGGUACCUUCAUCUCCACCGUGGGCAUCGACUUCCGGAACAAAGUUCUGGACGUGGAUGGCAUGAAGGUGAAGCUGCAGAUGUGGGACACGGCUGGCCAGGAGAGGUUCCGCAGUGUCACCCAUGCCUACUACAGGGACGCUCAUGCACUGCUGCUGCUGUACGAUGUCACCAACAAGGCCUCUUUUGACAACAUUCAGGCCUGGUUGACAGAAAUCCAUGACUAUGCCCAGCACGAUGUGGUACUCAUGCUGCUGGCGAACAAGGUGGACUCUGCCCAUGAGCCUGCGGUGAAAAGGGAGGACGGGGAGAAGCUGGCCAAGGAGUACGGGCUGCCUUUCAUGGAGACCAGCGCCAAGACAGGCCUGAAUGUGGAUUUGGCCUUUACAGCCAUAGCAAAGGAGCUGAUGCAGCGCUCCAUGAAGGUUCCCAGUGAGCCUGGCUUCCAACUGCACGAUUACGUCAAGAGGGAGGGUCAGGGGGCUUCCUGCUGCCGACCCUGACCUGGCUGAGCGCAGCCCUUCUCUGGAGGAAGCAACCCAGCACCCAGAAGGUCUGCAGGUCCUUCUGACUUUGUCACCCAGAGGCCAACCCCAGGGUGCCUGUUUCCAGGACCCAAGGUGGAGCCUUGCCCUCUCCUCCUUCUACAGUGACCUAAAUCCUCAGUCCCAACAAGCAGGCCUCUGACAGCCAGCGGCCCACAGCCUCCCUGCAUUGGCUGUGGCCUGAAGGUUGCCCACAAGGCCUUCACAGGAGAUUGGUCUUGUGCCCAGGAGAGGAAGGAAGCCUGUAUUGUCCUUGCCAUGGUGAUCUGCUGCCCCCUGCUGGGCACAACCAGUUGAGACUGGGCCAUGGCAGCAGCAUAUAUGCAGUGCCCCUUAGAAAAACCAUGCCUUCACCGGCACACAUGGCUCAUGCAGCAGAGGGAGGGCUUUGCUAACCAGUACAUACAUUCGUGUCUCGGGAACCAUCUGCUUCCAGCCUACCCACUAGGAGGCUCUGGCUCAAACAUCGACAGGGUCUCCCUUCCCAUGACCUUGAAGGACCCCUGUGGCUUUAUGAUACAGCAAACAGCAUGUGGGGAUCACUGAUAGACCAAGAAACUACGACUGCCAGCCCAGCCUGUUGACCAGGGUACCAACUUGGUUAUGGCACUAGGCCUGGCCUGCUCACAGCAGAGGUCUGCGACUGUGAAGGACACUCCACCUUGCACUAAAAUCACCAAGUCGAUCUUCUGAUUUCAAGCCUUUGUUUUCAGUCCCAGUGAAUAAAGUUGUUUUCUGGAA